GGCUUCACGUUCUUGAUACAUCAUACGUCGUACAUUGUACCUUGUUCUGAAAAUUUAAAAGGCAAAUAAGGCUUAAAGGAAGGAGUACAAAAACUAGUUUUUAAGAUAGUAUUAACCAAUAGCUAUCACGCGAUAUUGCUAAACCUACAUAAACAGUGAUUGUGAUGCAAGUUUUAUGAUAUUAUAUAAAUUGAAUAACAUGUCUAAUAAUUUAGAUACUUUAAGUGAAACUACGACAAAUUAUAAAUCAAUAUUAUAACAGUGCUAGUUCAUUAAUGAAACAAAAUUACUACUCAAUAAUAAAAUAAUCAGGCGAUCAACCAAAAAUCAAUCUAAAAUUUAAUUAUUAAAAAUUAGACAAUUUCUUAACAAAUUUCCUUAGGAAAAAAUUAAUUAUUGUUUGAAAUGGCGUCUCCAGUCAAGGAAUUAGAUAUUAUAUUAAAAAGAACUGUAAAUGACUCGAAGAACAGUAAUGAGUCCUCAAACUUAUAAAAAUCAUAUUACAACAAAAGCUAUGGCAUCCAAUGGUUAUACUGAUUCUGAGACUCCAGUCAAGGAGUCCAAAAACCAUUCAUCACCUUGUGAGUUAUUCAAGUCAAUGCCAUGGUUUGGUAUGGAUAUAGGAGGUACAUUAUCCAAAUUGGUAUAUUUUGAACCGAAAGAUAUUACAAGAGAUGAAGCAGAUGCAGAAGUUGAGACUUUAAAAAAUAUUCGACGAUAUCUAACUAGAAAUUCAGCAUAUGGGAAAACAGGUCAUAGAGACACACAUUUGCAAAUGGAUAAUGUUUGUAUCAGAGGUAGACGUGGUACAUUACAUUUUAUUAGAUUUCCUACAAGUGAGAUGGGAAAUUUUUUAGCAUUAGCAAGGUCUAAAGGCAUGGCAAAUCUUGUCACAACAGUUUGUGCUACUGGUGGUGGUGCAUAUAAAUUUGAAAAAAAUUUUAAACAAGAAGUAAAUAUGAAUUUAGCAAAAUUUGAUGAAUUAGAUAGUUUAAUACGUGGUAUGCUCUACAUAGAAACAACAAAUCCACACGAAUGUUAUUACUGGUCACAUCCUACAGAUGAUAGUAAAUGUCAGAAGGUUCCCUAUGACUUUUCUGAACCCUACCCGUUUUUGCUUGUAAAUAUAGGAUCAGGAGUAAGCAUAUUAGCAGUUUAUGGGUCAGAAAAUUAUAAAAGAAUAUCUGGUACUAGUCUAGGUGGUGGCACAUUUUUAGGAUUAUGUUGUUUACUAACUGGAUGCAACACAUUCGAAGAGGCAAUAGAAUUAGCAACUGGAGGUGAUAAUACUAGAGUAGACAAAUUAGUUAAGGAUAUUUAUGGUGGGGAUUAUGGUCCAUUUGGUCUUCCUGGCGAUCUUGUUGCAAGCAGUUUUGGACAGAUGAAUUCUAAAGAUCGACGGAAUGCAGUUAGCAAACAAGAUCUCGCACGCGCAACACUUGUUACCAUUACAAACAAUAUUGGUUCUAUCGCGCGUAUGUGUGCCGUCAAUGAAAAAAUUGAAAGGGUAGUAUUUGUAGGAAAUUUUCUUAGAGUAAAUCCUAUAUCAAUGAAACUUCUGGCCUAUGCUAUGGAUUAUUGGUCUAAAGGAACGAUGAAAGCUUUGUUUUUAGAGCAUGAGGGUUAUUUUGGUGCAGUAGGAUGCCUACUUCAAUUUAAGGGUGAAGCAAACUAAUAUUAUAGAAAGACGGAUAAUAUAUAUAGCAUUCCAUUUGAUAUUCUAACUCAAAUGAAUCUUUUCAUGAGGGUGGUUAUGUAAUUAUUUAACAUAAUUAUUUAUUUUUGUUAUGUAAUAUCAACUUUCUCAGGUAGUAUUGUAUAUGUUGUAUAUGCAAUGUUACAUCAAAUUUUAAUAAUGGUAUAAAAUUAAGGUCAGGAUUGUAUAAUCUUGAAAUGUGACUAUAUUUAUUAAUGAAUGAGCACAGUAUAAUUAUACACAAUAUAAUCAUUUUAAAACGCGUUACAUGAUUAUUACAUAAAGACCUAAUGUGGGCACAAAC